CGCAUAUUCCCCCUCCCCCUCAUACCCCUUCCGAAUGGCGGCCGACGAGCUCAUCGACGGGCAUGUGUCCCAAAAGCAGGCUGAGAAGGCAUUGAACGCGCUGCUCGCGUACGCGACGAAGCGGGCAGAGAAGCAGGCGGAGACAGAGCUGCUGGGCGGGCGUGAACAGCACAUCUGGCUGAACGUGGCGGAGAAGACGAUCGUGCCGAAUAGGAGAUUGAAGCCGCAGAGGAUCCCGCUCGCCCACCCGAUCAUCGACCCGCGCGUGUCCUCGAUCUGCCUGCUCACGAAGGACCCGCAGCGGCAGUACAAGGACCUGCUCGAGACGCACAAGAUCCGGUUUAUCAGCCGCGUCGUCGGCGUGGAGAAGCUGAAGGGCAAGUUCAAGCCGUUCGAGGCGCGGCGGGGGCUGCUGAAGGACCACGAUAUGUUCCUUGCGGACGAGCGCAUCAUCCCCCUCCUUCCGAAGCUGCUCGGGACGAAGUGGUUUAAGGCGAAGAAGCAGCCGAUCCCGGUGUGCUUGACGCGCAAGGAUCUUAAGGGCGAGCUUGAGCGCGCCGUCUCCUCGACCUACAUGAGCCAGAACCAGGGCACGCAGACCUCCAUCAAAAUCGGCACCAUCUCCCAAAAACCCGCGCACCUCCUCGACAACCUCCGCACCGCGCUCCCCGCGAUCGUCGCCCGCAUCAAGGGCGGCUGGGAGAACGUGCAGAACAUCCACAUCAAGACGAGCUCGAGCACGAGUUUGCCCGUCUGGUCGUGCGAUCUGUCGGAAGACACGCUGGGGAGGUGGGGCGGGGCAGCGGACGGGGUGAAGGAUGCGGACGUGAGUAUGGACGACGCGAGCGAGGAGGAAGAAGGCGGAAGUGAUGAUGAGGACAAGGAGAUGAACGAGGCACCUGUGACGCGCGCGAAGGGCAAGCGGCGCGCGGAGGCGGAGGCAGAGGAGGAGCCCGCGCAGCCCAAGAAGCGCGCGAAGACCAGCGACAAACCUACCUCAAAAUCCACCGACGCCGCCGCCCCGAAGAUGAAAAAGCCAAAGUCAAAGGCGGGCGUCACCGGCGCCACCGCGCCCCCUGCCACCACCAAGCCCUCUGCCGCCACCACCACCGACGCCGCGCCACAGGACGAUGCCGCGCCCUCUGCGCCGCCGUCAAAGAAGCGCAAGGCGAAGAAGGGCGACGCCGCUGAGGAGGUGGCGGAGGACGUGAGCGCGCCGAGCACGAAGAAGGGCAAGAAGGACGGGAAGAAGGAUGCGAAGGCGCCUGCGUCGGACGCCCCGGUCGCAGCGGAGAAGAAGAAGGGGAAGAAGGGGACGGAGGACGAGGCCUCGCCAGCGCCGAAGAAGUCCAAGGCAGCGAAGGCAGAGGCGCCUGCGAAGGAGGUGCAAGCGCUGGCGAAGGAGGUAGCGGCGCCUGUGAAGAAGUCCAAGGCGGCGAAGGAGUCCCCGAAGAAGGCGGAGGCGCCUGUGAAGGCCGCCGACGCUGAAGUGGACUUCAAGAAGAAGCGCGAGGGGAAGACGGGGGAGAGGAAGAAGGAGAAGGUCGCGAAGGCGCGCCCGGGUAAGCCAUCCGCGAAGGAGGGUGUCCUGGGUAAGAAGGCGCUGAGGGCAUGAGUAGGUAUGAGCCCUUGUUCUUCCGCUGUAUGUGCCCUUGUACGCGAUGUACGUCUUGCGAUGUUUGUUGUAUUCGCUGGUUAUCCUCAUUUUGUCUGCUCGA